AUGUCCACAGAUGUCAUCAUUCCUCCUUACUGUGAAAUGGUUGUCCCUGUGCAGGUGGAGGCUCCGCGCUCCAUGGAGCCGCACACUGAUUUCUAUAUCGGGUAUGUGGAACCUGAGACUCGGGAUUCAAUGGGGUUGGUGGUUGCACGUACAGUGGCUCCGGUUAAGGAUGGACUCACUGUUGCGCGGUUACUUAACCCCACUGACCAUGAGUUGAGGAUGCAUUCCGGUUCGCAUUUGGGGGUCCUUCAUCAUGUCGAUAACAGUGACGUUUUUGAGCCGACGGACGGUGUUGACCCUGACGCUAAGCCAGUGACUCUACCGGACUUAGGGGACUGUUACCUCACAGAUGAUCAAAGGCAGAAACUCAGUGAAUUGUUAGAGAGACACUGUAAUGUUUUCCGUACUGGGGGAGGAUUCACUAAGGCUACGGGUGUGAUAAAACACCACAUUAACACAAACGGUAGCCUCCCCGUUCGUAAGAGGGCUUACAGGACGUCCCCGGACAAACGGAGGGAGAUCGACAGGCAGGUGCAGCGACUCCUGGCAGAUGGGGUCAUUGAGGAAAGCUGUAGCCCGUGGCAGCUUCCCGUUGACAAUGAUAGGACGGGUCGACGCUGUCGCUGGGGCCUGGAAUUGGAUCCGUAUGACUGGAUUAUUGUCCAUAAGAGUGGGGUCCAGCAUACGAAUGCCGAUGCGUUGUCUCGCUGUCCUGUGUCCCAGAUAUUCAUGGUGAGCUCUGAGACGCAGACUAUGGAUAUGUCAACUUCGGUGGCUGUAUGUGGGGUCGAAGCUUCUACGGAGGCUCCCCUAAGUGCUCAGGCAUCGGAUUCUUGUGAGCCCUCAGUACCCCCUGACGGGAGUGACCUACAAACCCUCUUUCAGGAAGGCUCCAACGUAAGGCGUCUGCAGCAAGAGGACCCAGAUAUUCGAUCUCUGUUGGAGUGGCUUAGAGCGGGUGAGAGGCCGUCCUCAGUGAGGAUUAAAGGGGCUGGUAAGGCUCUCCGUAUUUUGUGGCACGAGUUUCCUCGCAUGACCAUGAUUGACGGAAUUGUGCACAGGGUUGUUGCCCUGUCUGAUGUGGAACAGACAUGGCAGGUUGUCGUACCAUCGGUUCUGGUGCCGGAGGUCCUGCGUCUUCUUCAUGGUGGGCCCUUGACUGGCCAUUUGGCUGUGGAGCGGACCAUGGCCCGUGCACGCGGGGUGUGCUUCUGGCCUUGUAUGUAUCGUGACAUACGCACUUGGUGUGAGCAGUGUUAUGCCUGUCAGAGGCGCAAGGCGCCUGUGCCUCACCAUCGUGCUCCGAUGCGGACGGCGUUGGCACAGCGCCCGUUUCAGCGGGUUGCGGCAGACAUAUUGGAGUUGCCGGUCACGUCGAAAGGAAACCGCUAUGUUCUGGUGGUGGAAGACUAUUUCACCAAGUUUGUUAACAUACGUUUGGAUGCUGCUUUUCGCCAGAGUCGCGAUAACAGUGUGACUGCGAGUGACAAACAGAGGACCUUUUAUGACACCAGAGAGAGACACAGGCCUUACGAAAUUGGGGAUUUAGUGUGGCUUCAUGACCCAACUGAGAGCCGCCGUAAAUUGGCCCCACACUGGAAGGGGCCUUACAUUAUUGAGCGGAGACAGGACCGUGACGACGUGGUUGGGGUUACAUAUGUGAUUGGAAGUCCAUUUGGGGAAGAAGCCCCCAAACAGACAAUUCACUAUGAUCGACUACGUCCCUAUUGUUUGCCGAGUCCUGUUCCUUUGGCUGGCCCACCGAGAAGUGCCGCUCUAAGUACACAGGGCCCUGUGACCUACGAUGCACUCUCCUCACACGGUGAGCCUGCUGUGUCCACCCCUUCGCCAGUGAGGGAACAGGUGGACGGUGAAUUUGUACCGGAUGCGGCCCCUAUUGGUCGUCAGGUGCAGGUGUCGCGUUCUGGACGACACAGUAAGGCGCCUGGACGUUAUGCUGACUAUGUUAUGGGUUAA